AUGUUUUCCCCAGUUUCUGCAAACGCCGGAAACCCACCACCAAAAUGCAACAAACCGACUGUUUCGUCUCUUCCACUGCCAGAUGAUAUCUCAAUGAUUUGCUUAGCGUACGUUCCAAGAUGUGACCACCCUUCACUCUCUGAAGUCUGCAAGACUUUCAACCAAAUCAUCGCUUCCUCGGAGCUUAACCGCGUACUCGCGACCAAAAACCUAUUUGGUACACUCUCAACCAAAAACCCUCCAAAGAAGAGUCUAACUCUUUGAACCAUAAGUUGGUUCCGUAUCCUUCUUUCCCUUGUCUGCCUUGUUGGGGGUCUAAUGUUAUUCAUCGGUCGAGAGAUGUACGUUUUCGGUGGAUGCAUCGACGAUGAGUUAACCACUGAUGCUUUUGCUAUUGAUUGUAUAACUCGCACGUGCCGGUCUCUUCCUAGCAUGCGUGUGGCUCGUGGCUGCGCUGCUUUUGGUGUUGUGGAUGAGAAGAUUUAUGUACUCGGAGGGUGUAACAAGAAGAAGUCGUCGAAAGAUUGGCUUGAGGUUUUCGACCUCAAGAAUCAAACUUGGGAAAGCUUUCCAGGUGUGUGCAACAAAAAUUUGCACGAGAUAACGCUCAAUAGUUUUGUGAUGAACGAGAAAAUUUAUAUAAUGGAUCGUAUAAGAAGCUUUGUGUAUGAUCCGAAGAAAAAUAAAUGGGCGAGUGAAAGCUCGUUGAACAGUGGAUGGGUAGUUGGUUCGUGCGUUAUUGACAACAUGUUGUACACUUUCGGAAUUGAGAAAGGAAUUAGCGUGUACGAUCCGAAAGCUAGGACAUGGAGAAAACUGAAAGGUGUUGAUGAGGAUCUACCUGACAUGCGUGGUAUUCAAGGAGGGUCUAGAAUGGUGAACCAUGGAGGGAAACUAGUGAUUUUGUUUAAGCGUAAUGAAAGUGGGGAAACAAGGAUUUGGUGUACAGAGAUUGCGUUGGAGAGGCGUGGACAAGGAGAGCAUUGGGGGAAGGUUUUGUGGACUAAUAUUGUAGCUACUUUUGAAAACUCCCCCACCAUUGUUCAGUGUGUAGAUGUCAUCAUAUGAUUAAUCAUGUAUGCUUUCCUAGUUGAGUAUGCUCGACUUUGUGUUGUUUAUCUCAUACCCUUUCUCUAAUGAAUUAGACUCUUUUGAUUUUCUA